UAGAUUUUACAAUAAAAAAUGAUUAAAAUUUUCUGGUUAAAAAAUGUUGUUACAUUUUUUAUUUUGUAUUCUUUUGCAUCUUCAGAGCAGGCCAGUUAGAAUGAACAGAUUCAUGUCUGUUGCUAUAUGAGUCUUUCUGUACCUAAACUCAUUAUCAUAUGCAUGUGUUGUAUCAGUUUUAGCAGUACUUCUCAUUUAUCCUCAUUCAAUCAUAGAAAUUCUCCAUCUUACAAGCCAAAGCAGGUGGAGCCAGAGUGGCAGCUAUGAAGAAUGUUGAAAGACGCACAAAACAUUUUCUAAUUAGUAAGGGAAAAAAAAAAUCAAGACAUUUCCUCGUGUGUUUUACAGAUAAAAAGAUAACGUGGGACUUUCCUUCAGGGGAACUUUUACACUUAAAAGGAGGAGCCUGUUGAAAGUUGUGUCUAUUUCUUUGGCAGGAACCACACAGCAAGCAGCGGCGACGCUGUCUGGACAUUGAAAAUGGCCAUCAAGGUGUUUUUUCUUGCUGUUUUGUUCAGACUUGCAAAUUCUCAACUCCCAUAUAUUCGGACUUGCGACCCGGUGCCAAAAGUAACGACACAGACUCCGACAGUGUGCUCCAAUUAUGAGAAUAUUAAAUACAUCUAUGAAGGACAGGAGAGCCUCAGAAAAACUGUUUCACAGCUGAAAAUGUCGGUGGAAAUCAACAACGCCAUGCUUAUGAGAUUGGAAAGGACUCUAAACAACAGCCUUGCAGAGUUGACCAGAGCUACCGAAAGUCAAAGUUCUGCCAUUCAGAGUCUAAGGAGGGAUGUCAACAAACUGGAGAACCACCAAGAAAGAGUCGGGGGAAACUUCAGUGAAAUCGAGCAGAGACUGGAUAUAACCGAGAAGAAGCUAACAGAAAAAAAGGCCAAGCUUGAAAGUCUGGAGACAAAAACUGAAGUUGCUUUUGAGAACAUGAACACGCUGCUGAACACGUACAAGGAUGAACUGUCCCACCUCAACUCUAAGGCCCACGACCUUGAGGUACAACUGGAAGGUCAGCUGAAUGUCACCAAGGUGGACCUUGAAGAAAAACUAGAUGUGAUUGAGAAAAACACUGAAGCUAUUAGCACCAAACUACACAACCAGAAAACUGAACUGGACCACAGAAUCACAAGCAGGUUCAACAAAGUCAUUCAUGAGCUGGAAACACAAAACGCCACGAUGAACCAUCUGAUUGGUCAAACUGCAGGUGGGUGUUGAUAUAAGUUGGUAUUA